AUGGCUUCUCCACCUCAAGUCGUGGAGGAUCAGGCACGACUCCUUGAAGAUGCUUUGAAUGUUGUUCGCCAACAGACACAACUCAUGCGACGAUGCUUGGAAAGUCCUGGGAAACUAAUGGAUGCUUUGAAGUGCAGUUCAACACUUGUCUCCGAACUACGAACGAGCAGUUUAGGGCCGAAACAGUACUAUGAAUUAUAUAUGGCAGUGUUUGAUGCUUUGCGACACCUAUCCUCUCAUCUCAAAGAUUCUCAUCCGACUCACCAUCUCGCCGACCUUUAUGAGCUUGUCCAAUAUGCAGGAAAUAUCGUUCCUCGGCUUUACUUAAUGGUAACAGUAGGCACAGUCUAUAUGGGUGUACCAGAAGCACCGGUCAAGGAGAUAAUGAAGGACAUGAUGGAAAUGAGUCGUGGAGUACAACAUCCAACUAGAGGGUUGUUCCUCAGAUACUACCUUUCCGGGCAAGCUCGCGAACAUUUACCUCAGGGUGAUGGAGAUGGGCCAGAAGGCAACUUAACGGAUUCGAUAAGUUUUGUUCUUACCAAUUUCGUGGAAAUGAACAAGCUUUGGGUACGACUACAGCAUCAAGGUCACUCUAGAGAAAGAGAAAUGCGAACGCAGGAAAGGAAAGAGCUCCAAUUACUGGUCGGAAGUAAUUUAGUUCGAUUAAGUCAAUUGGUUGAUCUGGAUGUUUACAAGAACACUAUUUUGCAGCCACUGCUAGAACAAGUGGUGCAAUGUCGAGAUGUUCUAGCCCAAGAAUAUUUGCUAGAAGUAAUCACACAGGUCUUCCCUGAUGAAUACCAUCUUCACACCCUGGAUCAAUUCUUGGCAGCUGUAUCAAGAUUGAAUCCUCAUGUUAACAUGAAAGUCAUCGUUAUAGCAAUGAUGGAUAGACUUUCUGCAUAUGCUGCUCGAGAGUCAGAGUUGAGUUCUGCGGGGGAUCGCGAGAAGGCGGAGCAGGAGGCUGUCGCUAAACUACUCGAGACAACUCGGUUGAACAAGGAGAGUCAGGCUGGUGAAUCAAAGCCGGAGUCAACUUCAGCGCCGGAAGCCUCAAAUGCAAAUGGUGAUCGUCCGUCGACUGAGACCAAUGGAGCCAGCACAGAUUCGAAACCCAAGGAACAAAUUGACGAUAGCCUUAGUGUAGCCCCAACUGAAGUUGAGACACAAUCUGUUGCUGAGACGGUCGUCAACGAUGAUACUAAAAAUAGGCCAAAUGCUGUUCCUGAAAACAUCAAGCUGUAUGAAAUCUUUUUUGACCAAGUAAUGCAUCUUGUUGCUUCCCAGCGCUUGUCCGUACAAGAUACCCUGGCAUUGUUGGUAUCGUUAGUCAACCUAGCACUUAAGGUUCAUCCGGAUCGUCUGGACUAUGUCGAUCAGGUCCUCAAUUACGCAUCAGAUAGAGUUAGAGCGUAUGCCAACACUCCUGAAUUCCAUUCUCCAGAGGCACAGAAAAAUAUACUAAACUUACUCCUAACACCUAUCACCUCUUACGCCUCUAUAUUCACAGCAUUGUCCCUCCCAACUUACAUCCCAUUACUACAACUUCAGAUAUAUCCAACACGUCGAGCUGUUGCUGGCGAAGUAGCUCGUACUUUACAAGCAAAUUCAACCAAAAUCUCCACUGUGGUCUCACUGGAAGGAGUGCUCGAAGUUCUUAAAGUUCUGAUUAAAGAAGGAUCUCAAAGUCCGGCCAAUUACGUUGGGGUACAGCGGAAAUCCGUUGAGACUGAUGAAACGAUAGAAGAGCAGGGCUGGCUAGCUAGAAUCGUUCAUUUGAUCCAUAGUGAUGACAACGAUACACAGUUUAAGCUUCUGCAAACUACCAAGGCCGCUUACUCGGAGGGGAAUGAACGUGUGAAGUUUACAACUCCAGCUCUCAUAACUUCGGCCAUGAAGCUCGCCAGACGUUUUAAGACAAGAGAACACUUUGAUGAUAACUGGGAAUCACAAAUAUCGGCGCUCUUCAAGUUCAUGCAUUCGACCCUCUCAACUAUGUAUACCCGAGUCACCGGGUCUGCCGAGCUUUGUUUGAGGCUAUUCGUGGCUUGUGGUCAAAUUGCUGACCAGACAAACUUUGAAGAGGUUAGCUACGAAUUUUUCGCUCAAGCAUUUACCAUCUACGAAGAAAGUAUCAGCGACUCCAGGUCACAAUUUCAGGCAGUCUGCGUUAUCGCAUCCGCUCUGCAUGAAACACGAAAUUUCAGUAAAGAAAACUAUGACACCCUCAUUACCAAGUGUGCUCUACAUGGCAGUAAGCUUUUGAAGAAGCCUGAUCAAUGCCGUGCUGUCUUCUUAGCGAGUCAUCUUUGGUGGGCGGUGCCUAUUGCAGCAAGGGGCGAAACGGAUGAGAAGAAUCUCUAUCGUGAUGGCAAACGUGUUCUUGAGUGCCUUCAACGUGCACUUCGCGUUGCGGAUGCAUGUAUGGAUACUGCUGUUUCCGUGGAACUCUUUGUGGAAAUCCUGAAUCGUUACGUCUACUAUUUCGAGCAAGAUAAUGAAGCUGUCACGACGAAAUACCUAAAUGGCCUUAUUGAAUUGAUCCAUUCAAAUCUCCAAGGCAAUCAAGAUUCGGCCACAAUUAAUGAACCAAGAAAGCAUUUCCAACGUACAUUGGAUAACAUCACUUCUCGAAACUAUGAAGGCGUAGUAACGACAGCUGCACCUUAG